AUGACCGUGACCCGAUACUUCAAAGUUAGCGUCAAAGAGAGCCCUGCUACCCGAUCGAGCGUUUACACCCCACUCGAAGGAGGGCGUGAGUUCGAGGUCGGAGCGAACCAGGCGGCCAACGACGGACCAACCUAUUUGACCCCUUGGGAUUUGCAGCAGAACAGAUUUGCUGAGCCCGACUCCCGCUCGCCAUCAGCAGUCUCGAUAGCCUAUAAAUCGAGUCCGGUCAGACUGGCCACUUCUGACGACUUCGAGGCGUACCCUGGACGACUGACACCAACGCAGACGCCAAAACCGAUGCCACAAUGGCAGUCCUUUCCUUCGGCUGUGACCAAUUCUUCCGCAUGGACAAAGCUUGCCGUGGUGCGCUCGCAGAGCCCCGGAGAGUCAAUGGAACAAGCUUCUGAGUCGACACUCUCUAUUGCCUCACAGGCUUAUCGGAUCGCUGAUGAACGCGACUCUGUGCCCGAAAAUGUACAGCUGGAAAAUCGUGGGCUAUCGGGCUGGAGGUCUUAUAAUGUGAGAUUUGGCCCUCGACCUGUACCGUAUUUUGCUUUACGCUCGAUCUUUUGGCAAGUUUAG